AAAACUAAACAACACAUUCUCCGAGUGCGGUCGUCCCCUCGUCGCCUGGCAAUCGGAUUGCUACGGCCAUUCUCGUGAGUUUACGUCGCUUGCGGCUCAAAUGGGCUUCGACGGGCUGUUCAUCAACCCGAUCAGUUUCGAAGACGAGCUUGCCAGGAUGAGGCGAAUGGGGCUGGAGUUCAUUUGGAGAGGGAGUGAUGAUCUUGGCUCAUCAUCGGACAUCUAUACGCAUAAGCUCUUCGACGGGUACUGGUCUCCACCAGGUUUCUGCUUCUCCACACAGUGCACGGAUCCGUUACUGACCUUACACGAUGACGACAUCAAGAAUGUAGAUGGGCGGGUCAUAAAAUUCAUAAAUUCCAUGUUGAACCGUCAAUCCCCGAACUACAACACGAGUCACGUCAUGGUGAUCAUGGGGAAAGUCUUCGCGUACUACGAUGCUACCAUGUGGUUCUCCAACAUAGACCAGCUUAUCGAUUCUGUGAACGAGAUGAGUUACAGACUCGGCAAGAAGGUGCGAUUGUAUUAUUCCACACCCGCGUGCUAUCUAAAGGCUGUGUAUCAAUCCAAUUCGCGGUUCGAGACGAAGCAGGACGACUUCUUCCCAAUCGCCUACGACUAUCAGACGUACCUUACUGGGUUCUUUACGACUCAUCCAUCGUUGAAACUGCUCAUUAGAGAAGCUUUAGUUUUUUUACAGAUUUCAAAACAGCUUCAAGUUUUUGCAAAUUUAAAGAACAAUGACAAAAUAUUUGAAGAAUUCGGCUGGAUAUUUAGUUUAAUGCAGGAUCACAGUAUUGUGAGUGGCGCUCUGCGCAAGCAUGUCAAAAGUUACUACGUUCAGAAGAUUUUUAUGGGUAUCCAGAAGUCAACGAAUGUAUUGAAACAGGCCUUUAAUAAACUCCGCGAGAGUCCUAAAUCGAUGACAUUGUACAGAUGUCUAUUCAACAUAUCCAGCUGCGAGAACCUAAAUGGGAACAAUGCAUUUAUAGUAAUCUACAAUCCUUUGUCGUGGUCGGUCACGAUGCCAGUCCGGCUACCUGUCCAGAAGUCAGGAGUAUACUCUGUUUACGAUGCCCACG